AUGCACAUAGAGUGUGUAAAUAUUCCCGAGUGCAGAUUCUACAACACUAUGACGUCGGAGCACAAGAGCAGGUGGAUAUGCCCAGAAUGCGUCUGUAGCCAGCGGAAGGGGGGUGACAACACCGAGACGCCGGUCAAGUCCUCGGAGGUCAGCCAUGUAACCACCCGUCGGGCGGCCGCGGCGGCCCGCACGGAGAGUCUGGACGAGACGGGGAUGUCUCUGGAUGAUGACACCCAGACAGCGGAGGAACAGAGCAUCGAGGAGAAGGUACUUCCGGCGACUGGCGGCGUCCAGCCAGCUCUGGUUUCGCUAAACGAGGCCGUCCGGAGCAUGAUGAGCGAGCUUCGCCAAUUUAGGGAAGAAAUGCGGGACGAAGUGAAAACCAGGCGAGCCGAGAUCAAGUCUCUCAGGGACGGCUUGCUGCAGUUGUCGGAGAGGGUGGACAGCUGCAGGACUCACGUCGUCGGCCUGGACGAGCGAAUGAAGGCGCUGGAGCUCAAGGCCAACCAGGGCGACGAGGCCAACGCGGCGCGUCUGGACGCGAUCGAGCGACGACUGGAGGCGGCGGAGCGUCCGGGCCCGGCGGGCGAGGGCGCGGCGUCGGUCGCGGAGCUGGAGCGGACGGUCGCGGGACUCAGGCUCGAGCUGAACGACCGGGACCAGGAGGCCCUGCUCGCGGACCUCGAGAUCGGCCAGCUCCCGGAGCAGAAGGGCGAGAACGUCCUGCACAGCGUCGCCGUGCUCGCCGCGCGCCUGGGCGUGCCGCUGGAGGAGCGCGACGUGGUGUUCGCGGAGCGCGUGGGCGCGCCGCCGGCCGAGGGCGCGCGGGCGCGGCGCGUGGUGGUGCGGCUGGCGCGCCGCCAGCUGCGCGACGAGCUGCUGCGGGCCGCGCGCACGCGCCGCGGGGUGCCGGAGGGGAGCGGCCGGGUGUUCGUGAACGAGCGCCUGACGCGCCCCAACCGCCAGCUGUUCCACCGGGCGCGCGAGGAGUGCCGCGCCCGCCAGUGGAGGUACUGCUGGACGAGGCGGGGACGUGUCUUCGUCCGCAGGAGUGAUGGCGCGCAGGUUUUCCAGUUGCGCGCGCCCGACGAUCUCGUGAGAGUGUUAGGAGCUCCGCCCAUAUGA